AUGGCACGUACACGCUCCCAGCAGGCCCAAUCGGCUACUUGUCGCAAUAAGACGAGCCAAAGGAAACGUUCUCUACGCCACCACAACAGUGCCAGCCUGCAAGGAUCCAACCUUCAGGGCAAUGAAAAGAUCAAACGUCGAGCAGCGAAAAGGACAAAACCAAGCUAUUUAGAGCGGUCUCGGUUUGAAGUAGAGCGGGAUCCCAAUCGAGCCUUACGACUUUUCGCUUUGCCCAGAGAGAUCUUCGAUAAAAUCAUUAACCACUUACCUCGUGAUGCCGAAGCUUGCUUCACUCUGACCUGCAAGGAAGCAUUGCAUCUCCUCGGCACCGCAUCCUGGGCAAGCUUUCGUGGACGAGCUCGCCUCUACGGACUUCAAUAUGGAUCUUACGGAUCCCUGGUUGAACUUCUUCAACGCGAUGUUCCCGAAAGUGAAUACUGCCCGCGAUGCGAGACUCUUCACCCACCGCUCAAGCUACCCAGGGACCACCGGGAGACUAAAUGGACGAAACAUUGUAUGGGUCAGCUAGCCAGCAUCGACUACUGGCCGCAAACACCAUCGGGUGGCUACAGCCUGGUGUGGGAGCAUAUCCUCGAGGCAUUCAAGUCACAGCCUGUUUCCUCGGACGCUAGAGCACCGAUUUCACUGUUCGAUGGCGACUUUACCUUCACACAGGGCUUGGUGAACUACAGGCUGUGCUCGUCUGCACAAUGGGUCGAUCGGAACCUCAUCCUUACCCAAGAGCACCGGGUACGGAAAAGCCAUUCACAGACUCGCACCCUUCAAGCGGCGGAUAUCACAUCCCUUCCUUUUCGUGUUUGUGCACAUUUAUCCACGACAAAUGCACCCCCACCAAAGAAUUGUCGAUCAAGAAAGACUGUCCCUAACAGCUCCCUUCUUACUAUGGCCAUUGCUACGGCCUUUCCGCCGCGUUUACGGCAGGGUGUCCAACAAUCCAGUAUAUCUCCAGAUCCGGCAGGUGCAGAAAUAAAGGAUGAUUUUACCUGGCGGUGUAAGAGUUGCACCACCAAGUUUGCGGUCCGUUAUGAAGAAUGCAACGGGGGAGAGAUCAUUGUGACUGCUUGGCAUUGUUUUGGAAAGGAACUGUGGAAGGCACAACAGUUCUGGACAUACCUUGUUCGUCGAGAAGGGCCGACGUUGGGGCGGGCCAAGCGUAACAGUGAAUAUUGGAGUGUUUCUAGGAGCCUACCUGAUUUUAAAAUCCCAGAGGAUAUCUGA